ACAAUAAACAUACAUAUUUUAUUAUUUCAUAAUUUCAUAUUCAUAAAAGGUCCCAAACAAAUACAGUUCAUACUACACAUAACUUUUUCUAUAGUUAUUAUAAUAAUUAUUAACUAAUACUAUUUAGCAAUGUUUACUCUGAUCAAACAAUACAAUCGUACUAUAAUCAUUAGAUAUGGUAUUAUGGUGGCAAUCACUAUGGUGUUUUGACAAACUUUGAGGUAGCUCAUUAUUUCGUUUGUCCGUGCCCCGUGGUCCUCGAAAAAUACAGAGAAAAAAGUAAUUAUUGUACGAGGACGGUUGACGAUACUGAAGUCACCCUAUGAACUUGUCUAAUCUCAGCUGGUUAUUGUGUUAUUUUAUCGAGUGCAAAAUUAAAAAUAUUGUUUGACCAUUGAAAAAUCGCUGUUGUUGGAUGAUCAUAUAUUUGUACAAGAUGUUUACUGUAAAUUUGGCUUGUAAAGAGUUUGUUCCCAGCCAGCUGUUCUCUGCGCCUCGUCUGUUUCACUUAAAUAAAUUGUUUAGUACAUCAUCUUCGAAAAUUGAACAUAUUUUUAAGUCUUUUGAUAAGAAUGAAUAUGUAAGAUAUAAAUUCCCAAAAUGUAUCAACAAUUUAGUUGAAAUUAAACGUCAACAAUUUGAUUCUUCAUUUAUCAUUGUACCAGACAUUGUGUCUGUCGAAGAAGAGUCACGACUGAUUGAUGAAAUAGAAAAAUCAUUAAAACGUCUACGUUAUCAACAUGAUCAUUGGGAUGAUGCCAUACAUGGAUAUAGGGAAACAGAAAUUAUCAAAUGGAAAGAUCAAAACAAUUCAAAUGUGAUACAAAAGCUCAGAAAUAGAGUGUUUGCUGAUGAAUCAAUCACGGAACAAAUGCAGAGAGUUCAUGUACUUGAUUUAUGUGACAGUGGUUAUGUUAAACCACAUAUAGAUAGUACACGAUUCUGUGGCAAUAUAAUUGCUGGCUUGAGCUUACUGUCCGAUUCUGUCAUGCGUUUAGCUGAUGAAAAAUGCCCAGACACCUAUGUAGUGUACGCUCUAUUACCUCGCCGGUCAUUAUAUAUUAUGAAGGAUGCAGCUCGAUACCAAUACACGCAUGAAAUAUUAAGUGAUGGUGCGCCGUCUGUGUUCAAUGAUCGACUGAUUGUACGGGAACGAAGAGUUUCAAUAGUAAUGAGAAACGAGCCACCGAUAGACGCUGUGAAAUAAUUCAAUAAUCAUAUGAAAUAAACAAGAUUUACUUGUGUUAUUUCAUUAUUUGAUAGGACACCUCAUACCAAAAUCUGUUACAAAACUAUUUGUUCUCUGCUAAUAAAAAAUUUUUAAAUAUAAUUUACAGCGAACACUUGAUAUUUCAAACAUUUAAUGAUUCAAAGUAUACAUAAAAUGGUUUCUUGAAAAUUAAAAUCUCUUUGUAGUUUGAAAUUAAAAUUAAUUUAGGUACACUUAGUAAUUUAAGGAAAUAUACAGGGUAAACCAAGGUGUCAUUCAUGACAAAUCUAAGUAUGUUCUACACUAAUGUUUGAAAUUAAAAGUUGUUUCACUGCGAUUAAGAGUU